UGACAACAUGGAUGCCAGCCGCGUGCAGCCGAUCAAGCUCGCCAGAGUCACCAAGGUGCUCGGAAGAACUGGUUCCCAGGGACAAUGUACACAGGUCCGUGUUGAGUUCAUGGACGACAGCAACCGCUCCAUCAUCAGGAACGUGAAGGGCCCAGUCAGAGAAGGAGAUGUCCUCACACUUCUGGAGUCUGAAAGAGAAGCCAGGAGGCUGCGAUAGUGCCUGCUGACGUUGAGAGAGGUGGAGUCCAAUACUGUGGAAGAAGAACUAUUCAUCUCGAAGAAGACUCUGUCAAUUCCACUUUAAAUGGCUCUCAAUCUCGCUUCAUCAGAUGCAUUGAAAUAAAUUUGGUAUUAAGAUGA